AUGCAUUUCUCUUUGCCGGCCAUCAUCGGGGCUGCCUCCGUCGUUCAGACUUUCCCUCACUUCGCCUACCCGAACACUCGCUUUGCUCUGCCGCCCAGCAAGGGACUGAAGGGAUUAAAAUCAGGAAAUGAAUCCUGGGGAACCCUGAAGCCAAACCAUUUCACUUGGAGUCCCCCGGGUCCUAAUGAUCAACGAGCACCAUGCCCGGUCAUGAACACUCUUUCCAACCAUGGUUUCGUCCCCCACGACGGCCGAAACAUCACCAAGGACAUCCUUAUCAAGGCUCUCAACGAUGCGCUAAAUGUCCCCGAAGCGCCCGCCCUCAACAUCUUCAACAAUGCCCUCGUCGUCAACCCUACUCCCAAUGCAACUUUCUUCGACUUGAAAAUGCUCCAUGCACACAAUGUCAUCGAGCAUGAUGGCAGUCUUUCUCGCAAAGACGCCAUCUUUGACCCCACCAACUCUUUCGAUACGGGGACUUUUGAUAACUUCGUGAGCUACUUUGGAGACGAGGAGGCCAUCAACAUUACGAUGAUUGCCAACGCUCGAGCUCGACAUGCUUUCGAUAUGAGUCUCAUCAACCCGACUUUCUCGAUCACCGAUGCUCAGAUCCCCGUUAUUGUUGGCGAGAACGCAUUCUUGCUGGCAAUCUUUGGUGACCCGGACGUUGCCGUUGCCAACAGGACGUUCCUGGAGUACUUCUUCCGCAAUGAGAGGUUCCCCGUCGAGCUUGGCUGGUCCCCUAACGAAACACCUAUUGAUGCGCAACUCGGACCCAUUGUGCAGAAUAUCAUCGCUCAAAGCCCGGCGGACGUGCCUCUGACGUUCACGCCACAGAACGCAACUGUGACAAAAGAAAAGUAG